UCAGUAGUCGGACGAUGUGCGGAAUUGUACUCUGAGAGGUUAUGCUCCGGCUGUUUUUUAUUUUCACAUUUUUUAGUCGUUUUAAUCGGGCUUUCUAUUUUGUACUCUUUCUUGAUCUCUCGCGGCACAUGUUUCAGUACGGUACAUGUCCACCUCGCUGCGUGACAUUAUAGUGACAGGGUUCAAAUGUCGGCUGUCAAAAACCGGUUUGUUCGGAGAGGACAGUGUGCCCACGGGCUAUAUCUUAUUAAGGACGUCCUAGAUUCUACCAGACGGGCCUUGUAACGAGUAACAUGGACGAAAGCGCUACAUUUUUCGUCUUCCUGACCUGCCUGGUCGUUUCCGACAGUGUCCUGCUCAUGGGAGCACUACAGUCGUCAGUGAACGUUCCAGAGAAUGCUCACGUGGGGGAUACCGUCCUCAACGUUCGGUCGGCCAUAGGGGAGGGGAGGGAGGAAGUCUUGUGUAAAAUUGUCACCGGAGAAAAGACGGAACGCUUCCGUGUAACCGAUUGCGUGAUCAAAGUGGCGCGUCCAUUGGAUUUCGGCGUCGACCCUAGUUAUAACCUCACGGUAAAUGUCAGUUGGUCUUCCGGAAACCCCGAGCAGUUGUAUGUUGAUGUACAAGUCCAAGACGUGGAGGGAUACCCGCCUGUUUACAACGACACCUGCGAAAUGCCGACUCGCACAGUAAGGGGGAAGUCAGGUGAUCUGAACGUCGAUAUAAAAUGGACUGUCACGGGCAUGGCAACGAAUAUUGGAGAGGUGUCUGCCUCGAAGCAGUUUUAUUACAACCAUGAUAGUAUCAAGGCACAGUAUACGGCUAUAGCGUACACGGAUAACAGUGAUUGUCUGGUGCACUUUGUAUGGAAGCCCUGGAGUGAUGAUGAUAUUACAAAUAUUAAGUCGGUGUGGGCUUCUACACAACAACGGUGCUUUAACUGUUCAAGAUCAACAGAUGGGGCAUCUGUCGUCCAAUUAGAAUUAUUACACAGUUAUACCGGCUUUACUCCGAGUUCGUCUGGGAGUUGCUAUUCAGGGCCUAUUCCUAAAACAGAUAGACAGUUGGUAUUGGCCGUUUCGUUAACGGUUUCUUCCCUGAAGAUGAAUCAUGUCACAUGCGACCUGCCAGCAGACGUUUCUGUUUCCAUGGUGGUAUAUGGUAUGCGUAGUGAAGUAAUUCUUCUAUCUGUUGAAUUUGAUGGCCAGGCAGUCGGAUGCCCCCCUAACAAGUACGGCCUGUUGUGUGACCAGAACUGCACCUGCGAGAACGGUGCCCGCUGCCAUGGGCUGAACGGGGCCUGCAAGUGUCAGCCUGGAUGGCAGGGUGUCGUCUGCGACAUACCUCACAGUACAGUGGUCAUCAUCGCGAUCCCUAGCGACACGCGACAGAUUUACAUCACUGGCUCUGUGACGCUGCACUGCAAGGUUUUCAAUCUGGCUGCUGACAGGAUGAUGUGGACAUUUCCUAAUAAGACGGAAAAGGAGCUGCAGGGCGCUCAGGAAGAUCGUGUAAGGAUCCACAACAUACAGUCCAAACACAACGGCACCUACACCUGUACUGUGUUAACGGGAGAUGGAGCGGUCAUUAACGCAAGUUAUGAGCUUCAGGCCGUCGCUUGUCCUCCCGGAAAAACGGGUGAAUCGUGCGAAGAGGAGUGCGUCUGUAGCCAUGGUGGCAGCUGUGACCGGUGGGCCGGCUGUGUGUGUCCGCCGGGAUGGACAGGAACCACGUGUCAGACAUCCUGCCCAGUCAGCACCUACGGACAGGGUUGCAGCAGGCGGUGUCUGUGUCAGCAUGGCGCCACCUGCUCCCCUACCGACGGCAGGUGUAACUGCACAGAAGGCUGGUUCGGCAGUAGCUGCAGCAGGCCCUGCCCCGCAGGGCUGUACGGAUGGAAAUGUCGGCAAGUUUGUGCCUGUAAAAAUAACGCCACGUGUCACAACGUGGAAGGUACCUGCGCCUGCGUGCCGCCUAGGACUGGCAAGUUGUGUGACGCCAUCGAAACGGGAACAUACACGUUUCCGUUGUCUCUCCAGAUUGCCAUACCCCUGGCACUUACUCUACUAGUCGCUGCUCUAGUUUUGCUAACACUCUACAAACGGAAAAAAGCUACACGAGCGGCACAAGAAGAGUCUCUAGAGGAGACCAGAGUUUUACUGGAGCUGAGAAACAUGGAAGACGACCUGGCACAGAGUUUUCAGCCAGGCUGGCUCAACCGAUGGGAGAGGGACGGCGAAGAUCUGACUCUGGAUGAACUGGUCGGGCUGGGCGCGUUCGCGCAGAUCAGGAAAGGACAGCUUCGCACGGCUGGCGCUGACGUCACGGUGGCAGUCAAGUCCGUCCGCAUAGAGGAUAGGCGCUGCUACCGAGCCUUCUGCCGGGAAGUCGCCGCGUUGAUAGCCGUGCACGAAAAUAGUGAGGAACAAAAUGACGGACAUCCCAACAUUGUAAAGCUCUUUGGGGUCCUGACGACUUCCACACCGAAGUGUAUUCUCUUGGAAUUUGCUACCAAAGGCGAACUUUUGCUCAUUCUAAAACAGCAACCUCGGCAGAACGGUUCUCUUGGUAGGUUUAUCCGCUAUGCCGUCCAGAUAUCCCGUGCCCUGGAGGAGCUCCGACGUCUGCGUAUCGCUCACGGUGACGUGGCCGCCCGAAACGUCCUCGUCACUGGCGAUGACGUCGCCAAACUUGCUGACUUCGGUCUGGCCCAUGACGUCUACACCGAGACUACCUAUGUGUCCUUAGGCAAUGACGACGCCGACGAACUCCUGCCCCUGAAGUGGAUGGCUCUGGAGUCGCUGGAGUCUCGCGAGUUCACGUGCGAGAGCGACACCUGGUCGUUCGGCGUGCUGCUGUGGGAGAUCGCCGCCUUCGGGGAGGAGCCCAGCUACCAGCGCCAACGCCAACUGAGUUGUCCCAAGUUGGUGGGGCUCCUGAGGCAGGGGGUCCGUCUGGACAGGCCGCCCGGAUGUCCGGACAAGCUGUAUGACGUCAUGACGUCGUGUUGGCGGGAGGAGCCGUCGGCAAGACCAGAGCCGGCAGAACUGGAGCAGAAGCUGACGGAAUGUUGCCACGAAAUGGACCCACUUCUGGUUAUGGAUAAUUAAACCCUGGUGUAAACGACAAAUGUAAAACUGUACAGCUGGAAAUAAGAAGUUACUUAAUGCACAAAUGUCUUGAUGAUUGCGCAUUGAUCCAGUUUUUGACGGUCAUUUUUCAACACAUUUGAAAAUAGGGAAAUAUGACAGGAGGAGAGGUGUUACUAGAAUAUUCUGCAUUGAAACAGAUGUCUAUUGGUGACAUAUGUUCGUAGUAAGUUACUUUGAACUUUUUUGUUUGUUUGUUUGUUUAGGAGAAUAUUAGACCUUUGUAUCUGUAUCUGUAUCUAUAUAGCCGGUAUAACCGCCGUUCGGCGUAACACACCAGCUAAUGUUGAAAACGAUUUUGCACGGUUAAUCUAUAGUUGUCUGAUUGUCGUUACUGUUAAGUAAUACUUUUUUUCUGAAAAUGUGCAACACAAAGAAAUUUUAAAGUAAUAUGUUUUUUUCAUGUCAUUGAUGUAGAUUUGAGAAUUCUUUCUAUGUAUGUAUCAAAAGUAUUUCAGAGAUCAUAGAAGUCUGUAUGUGGCACGUCUGUGUCAGAGAGAUUAGUGUAAUCGAAGCUUGUUUAUAUUUCACAAAGAAAAUAAGAUUUUGGCAGUUUUGUAUACCAGUAUCUUUAGAAAUAAAAAUGAUUGAUAUCAUAUUAGAAGUGAACGUUGGUUUGUAUCUCUUUGAUAAAUCAGUUCAAAAGUUGGAGGUCAAAUUUUCUGCAGUAGGCCUAAGUGUAGACAAAACGUAGAGGACAAUUCUUAUGGUCUUUAUAAGACGGAGGAGUAACAGCUGUAUCGAAGAGCAUCAGCUAUAAACCUUUAUCUCAGCGCAUGUCUUUAACCAACCAAGAUGGCGGAGACUACAUUACGUCAUAGUCACGUGACUGCACAC